UUUUAGAUUAAUACUUUUGCUGUCGUUUUCAGUUAUGGCGUCGGCCGUUUUGGCUAGUCGGAAUGAGCCGUGUUGGGGUGAGAGAAAGGUUUAUAUGAGAAAAUAUCCGAACUCGGUAAACACAACAACCUCUGCAAAGAAUAGAAAUAGUAAUGUCAACGGCAAGUCUCUUUUAACUUCUCAGUCAAACCCUAAUCCGGCUCCGAGUCAUCCUUCCAACAAACAGAUCCCGGCCCAUGAUCCGUCGACUGACAUCCACGUCAAGGAGAUUUCUUCGCUGUCUCCGCCCGGUGGCUUUCCAGCAAAGGAGAUGUCACGUGCAGGUCGUGUGACGUUCAAUCUUGCUGCCUACACGAGGCUAGAGCUAAAGGAGUUGAAGGAGCGCCUGCUCUCGGAACUCGAACAGGUGCGGAUCCUCAUAACCCGGGCCGAGAACCUUAAAUUCCAGUCGGUUCAACCCGUUUUUCUGCCUGACCCGCAAAAGCUGAACCCUAGCCCUAACUGUACGCCUAAGGGACACAAGGAAUGUGCGGGGGCUAAACGGGCCAACCCGUUUAGAAAAUCGGGUCAAAAGCGGAAGCAGAAAAAAAGGCCUACGGCGGUUUCGUUAAUGCGGAGUUGUAGUCAGAUAUUGACGAAGAUGAUGAAGCACAAGCACGGUUGGGUGUUCAACGAGCCAGUCGAUGUCGUUUCAUUAAGUCUCCACGAUUACCACGACAUAAUCAAGAACCCGAUGGAUCUUGGCACCGUUAAGCUUAACCUCGAAAGGAAACUGUACGGCACCGUGUUAGAUUUCGCCGCAGACGUAAGACUGACAUUCAACAAUGCGUUGAAGUACAAUCCCCAAGGCCACGACGUUCAUGUGAUGGCCGAGACUUUGUUGGGGAAAUUCGAGAGAAUGUUCAAGCCGGUGGUGCGAAAAUUCGGAGAAAUACCCGUUACAGUGAAGAAGAAAGAGAUGAGUUUUGAAGAGAAGGCGGUGUUGGGGAAGAGUUUGGAGGAGCUGCCGCCAGAGAAGAUGGGCGAGGUGCUGAGUAUAUUGAAGAAGAGGAAUGGUAAUGGUGACGUGUCUGCAGAAGGGGAUGAAAUCGAGCUCGAUAUUGACGUGAUUGAUAAUGAAACGCUAUGGGAACUUGAUCGGUUUGUAAAACAAGUGGCGGAUUUGAAAAAAUUGAAAAGUGAGGUAGUAGAAGUUAAAGAAGUGCAGAAGGUUGGAGUUGGAGAGGAAGAGGUGGACAUUGGAGAGGAGAUUCAAGUUGGAAACUUUCCAUCUGUGGAGAUUGAGAGAGAUGUUUCUAGUUCAAGCAGCGACUCGUCUUCUUCCUCCUCUGGCGAAUCCGGGAGUUCCUCUGAUGAUGACGAUGAUGAUGAAGACGCUGUGAAAUCACCAGUCUCUGAUGCAAAAGAUGCGGCCAUGGCCAUGGGAGUUGAAACCUGA